AUGUCCUUGUCCGAUUUUCUCAGACAGAGAGGGGUGAAUAAUGAGACCAUCAAGUACAUCGAGGAAGAGAACAUUGAUGCAUCUGUAAUCCAGGCCAUGGAAGAGGACACAUUAACAAAACUGAUUCCGCGUUUUGGUGACCGUAUUGCCCUGCUUGAAUUUUGCAAGAAGAAGUCAUGUCCACAGAAAUAUAGCUUGAUAGAAAAGUUGAGACUCAAAAUCAACAAAAAAAAUGAAAGAGUGGCUAAAAUGAGUGAGAUCCAUGAAAGCGACAAAACAUCAGAAAAUGCAGAGAAGAAAUCUACGAGAAAAUCCACUCGCUAUAUUGAGGAUGACCAUCUACAGGAUUAUCCCUUGUUUCCAGAAAUUGGACAGAAAAGUCAGGAAAUAACUCUAUUGGUACUUCACAGAGGAAAAAUUUUUGAGGAACUCCUGCAUAGUGCCAAGGACGAUGCCUUGAUCAAUGCGAAUAUACAAAUAGAGAUGAUUUUGCCCAAUGGUAAAAGAGAAGUAGCUGAAGAUAUGGGAGGGGUCUAUCGAGAUGCUUUAACUGAAUUUUGGUCCACAUUUUACGAUAAAUGUUCAGUUGGUACGAAUUUCAAAGUUCCAUAUUUACGGAACGAUUUCGACGAAAUUGAAUGGUGCUCAAUAGGAAAAAUCAUAGGCCGAGGAUGGGCUGAUCAAAGAUACUUCCCUAUACAAUUAGCACCAGUUUUUAUGCUUAGUUGUUUUGAAGACUAUCAAAUAACAGAUGAAGAACUGAUUUCAGAUUUUAAAAAAUAUGUUUGUGAAUCAGAUUCGGAAAUUAUCAAUAAUGCAAUCGAUAUUUAUGAGGUAGUAGACCAAGCUGAGCUACUAACUUUCUUCACGAAUUUUGAUACUAAAUCUUUACCAACGAAGGAUAAUGUGAAGAGAUUAAUUGUCGAGGCGGCUCGCAAAGAAUUAAUUCAGAAACCGGCAUAUGUCUCGGCACAGUUCAGAAAGUAUUUAAUGUACUUUCCCUUGCCAAAGGAAAUAAAACAGCUAUAUUCAGAUCUUUUACCAACUGCGAAAAAUAUUAUAGAAAAACUAGAAGUUGUAGAAAAAGAUUUGACAAAGGAAAAAAUUGAAAUUGUUGGUUAUCUGAAAAAAUAUCUUAAAGAAGCUAGCCCUCAAAUAAGGGCUGCAUUCUCUAGAUUUUGUACUGGAUCUGAUAUAGUGAACAGAAACAUAAACAUUUCCUUCAUAAACACUACAGGGUUUUCGAGAAUGCCAAUUGGCCAUACAUGUUCAUGUCUAUUAGAAGUUCCUAGUACCUACCAAAGUUUCGUAGAAUUCCGAAGCGAAUUCAAUAAUGUCCUGAAUUCUAAUAUUUGGAUUAUGGAUAUAGUAUGA